AUGAACCUGGUUGUCAAAGAAAACCCCCCAGACAACAGCGUAUCAGAUUCUUUUACGAGAAAAGAAAUUGAUCCAAAACAUAAUCAGGUCUCAGAUUCCUCCAUAGAAGGGUACGGGUUUCUACCUUGUGGCAAGAAAGGCAAACCCAAAACAGUCUCAUGUACAAGCAGUAGUUCUUCAAUUUUCUGCCGCAUCUGUCAAGACACAGACAAACUUCAGAAUCUCAAAACAUUAUGUCAGUGUACCGGAAGUAUUGCUAAAUAUCACGUGACAUGCUUGGAAAAGUGGCUAAGCGUCGCCAAAACAGAUAUAUGUGAAAUAUGUCAACAAAAAUUCACAACCCGACGCCGGCCAAAACCUUUUGUGGAGUGGCUUCGGUGCGUACAUGGAACAAGCCAAUGUCGAUACAUCUAUGGUGACUUUAUAUGUAUGCUUGUUCUCACACCUUUGGUCCUUGCCAGCUGCGCUCUUUGUUUUGACGGCUCAUGGUAUUUUUUCACAUUGGGUGAACUUCUCAUUGGCAUUGGUCUUUUAGCUCUAUGCUUUUUUCUCCUCUUUCUGUACGUUUUCUGGCUUGCACUGAGCAUUCGCUAUCACGUGACUCAGUGGCGCAAGUGGCGACAAGAAAAUCAAGUAGUGGAGGUUGUUGUGUCAAAAGAAGCACUCAAACACCAAUGGAAACAACAAAAAACACAAAGUGAACAACAGGAAACUGUCGUUUAAAAUGCAGUGAAAUGUAAUGGUAAUUUUAGUUGCAUUUUCGAAAAACAUGUGCUCAUUAUCUAUGUCCAAGCAAUGCCACAAAUGCGACGGCAAGUUGAAUGUGGCCCUAGUAAGACUUACUAGAAAUUUAGAACGGAAGCGGCACAUUAAAAUCAACAUAAAA